UUCAAUGAUAAAGCGAUGAAGGCAGCGUGCUUUCAGAACCUGGUCCAGGCCAACGUGAGGAACAAGAGGUUCCUGAAGGAUGCUGUGCGGAACAUCUCAGCCAAGGGCAUCACCAACUAUAAAGGCGGCUUCGAGUUGGCCUUCGAGCAGCUCUCAUCGUUGAACGUGACCCAGGGCAGGGCGUUGUGUAACAAGAUCAUCAUGCUGUUCACUGACGGAGGAGAGGAGAGGGCCCAGGAGAUCUUCCAGAAGUAUAACGCUGACAAAAAGGUGCGGAUAUUCACGUUCUCAGUGGGCCAACACAACUAUGACAAAGGACCAAUCCAGUGGAUGGCCUGCACCAACAAAGGGUACUAUUAUGAAAUCCCCUCCAUCGGCGCUAUCAGGAUCAACACUCAGGAGUAUCUGGAUGUACUGGGAAGGCCCAUGGUCAAAGCAAACAACAAGGCCAAGCAGGUUCAAUGGACCAACGUUUACCAGGACGCGCUGGAGCUGGGUCUGGUGAUCACAGGAACACUUCCAGUCUUCAACAAGACCAACACCAAAGCUGACAAAGAGAGGGGACUACAGAGGCCCCAAAACCAGCUGAUCCUGGGAGUGAUGGCUAUCGAUGUGUCUCUGGACGACAUCAAAAGAUUAACACCGAGAUUUACAUUUGGACCAAAUGGUUAUUACUUUGCCAUUGACCCCAACGGUUACGUCUUGCUGCAUCCCAACCUCUGCCCAAAGAAUCCUAAAUUUCAGGAGCCUGUAACUCUGGACUUCCUGGAUGCUGAGCUGGAGGAUGAGAUUAAAGUAGAGAUAAGAACGAACAUGAUUCGUGGAGAAACCGGCCACCGCACCGUACACACACUAGUGAAGUCCCAGGAUGAGCGGUACAUAGACCGAAGCGAAAGGUCGUACACAUAUGCCCCUGUAAAGGGUACAGAUUACAGUCUAGCCUUGGUCCUUCCAGUGUACAGCCUGCAUUACAUCCACACUACUAUCGGAGACACCAUCACCCAGGCCAAAUUGGAAUUGGGGGACGAGGUCUCUGAAAGCCUGCAGGAAGACAAGUUUGAGGAGUAUGGAUACACUCUCAUUGCACCAAGGGAGUACUGUAAGGAUCUGAAGCCGUCUAAAAACAACACAGAGUUCCUGAUGGACUUCAACGAGUACAUCGACAGGAAGACUCCCAACAACCCACUGUGCAACGUGGAUCUGGUGAACAGAUUGUUGCUGGACGCUGGCAUCACAUCAGACCUCGUUAAGCAGUGGAGAGAUCAGAUGCCAAAUGGAGUCCUGGCCAGGUUUGUGGCCACUGAUGGAGGAAUCACUCGCAUUUAUCCCAAGAGUGCUGGACUAGACUGGACAGAGGACCCAGAGACGUAUGAGUCAAGCUUCUAUAAGAGAAGUCUGGACAAUGACAUCUACAUCUUCACACCAACACCCUACCAGGAGGACACCAACAUGACUGAGGACUCAGUCCUGGUGAGCAGAGCAGUGAACCUGGACAUUGAUGGAGUCAGACUCAAACCAGCAGUUGUGGGAGUGAAACUGGACAUCAAUACCUGGAUGACCAACUUCAUCAAUGCUACUCUGAAGAUGAACUGUAAGGACGAGAUCUGUGGUUGUCAGAGGAAUGAUGAGCAUGUGGACUGUGUCAUCCUGGAUGAUGGGGGAUUCCUAGUCAUGGCCAAUCGGGAUGAAUACAUCGGUCAGAUCGGCCAGUUCUUCGGGAUGAUCGACCCUAUCCUCAUGGUCAACCUGGUCAACAUGUCUCUGUUCACGCUCAACAAGACAUACGACUACCAGUCGGUCUGCGACCCCAAGAGGGAGAGCAAGGGGUCCGCGGCGGGCCUGCGCUCAGUCUACGUGCCCACCAUAGCAGACAUUUUGAACGUUGGAUGGUUAGCAUCAGCAGCAGCCUGGUGAGACCCAACUCUUGGUUCCUUAACACUGUUCCCAGUGCAGAUGUACAAAUACAGAGGCAGUCUGUGGGCCAUCUGUGUAAGCAUUCUACAGGUCCCAGAGCACUUUGUUUACACUAGCUCGCCUUCUGUCCUGAUUUCAUUCGCUGUGUGUCUUACAAUAUGUCCAAUAAAAUUAGAUUUGUUU